GGCGCGAGGAUGUGCGUCAGGCGAGCGGCGUCACGCCACGUUCUCAUGCGAGGAGGCUCCGGACUGGCGUCGAGCUCCCGGCCUCGGAUGGCAGCGCCUUUCUACCGCGACGAGGCGGCCGGCGUCAGGCAGCUGGAGACGGCACCGAUGGACAAGAAGGGCGCGGCGAAUCGGCGGCAGCCCCAGGAGGCGGUGGGUGGCGGCGGCUCUGAGCGCCCUCUCCUCACGCUGCCCUCGCCGGACUGCUGUCCCCAGGCCGACAGGCCCGGCACCAGGCGGGAGCCCGAGGGCCUCGUCCACCCGCUCAUCAAAGGUAGAAGAUUCUUGCUGGGGAGCAGAGACGAGAUUGAAAAUCCACACCCUUAUUCAUUGCAGGAUUUGACCAAACAGAACCAACAUCUGGUCUUGGCAGGAGCCCCAUGCACAGCUCAUACCUCCACUUCAAUCUAUCAUGGUAGUCUGCAUUUGACCCAGUCGAAAGCAGAUGUCCCCGUCUAUACUAACCUCGGCAACUACAAUCCAGGCCUGCCCAAUGCAGGCUCUGAAAGUUACCCCACUGGCCAUGUUCCCUAUGCAGGUACAGCAUCAGCACAACACCAGUUCUCAACCUUGGCGCAGUUUAUGUGUUCAAAAUAUCAAGAAGAGCUCCAGACAGUGCCAGAAGUAGGCCCACUAAGUGAAUCUCCACCGCUCUCCCCAUUAGAAGAUGGAGGGCAGCAUAUCAAAGCUGAAAAGAAGAGACAAAGAAACCGCAUUGCAGCAUCAAAUUGUCGAAGAAGGAAGUUAGAGAGAAUUGCAAGACUGGAAGAUAAAGUAAAGACUCUAAAAUCAGAGAACUUUGAAUUAACCUCAACAGCAAGUGUCCUACGUGAGCAAGUGGUGCACCUCAAACAUAAAGUGAUGAAUCAUGUCAAUAAUGGAUGUCAGGUGGUGCUUGCAUCCUCUGGCCUCCUAAAGCCAGAGGAGAAUGGCAGCAUUUAAUAUACCUUUUUUAGUAUAGCUUGAUCAAAAAUUUAGUUCUGUGUUGAAGUGCUGAAUUGGAUGCUCAUCUUGACUUUUGCAUUUCCAAUAAGCUGCUAAACAUAAUCAUAAGUUAUUCUGCAGAAAUGCUAAUGGGAAGCAACUCCAAAUGCUUCAUCUUGAAGAAAAAAUGGAAAGAAUAUCUGCAGUCUAGUGUACCUCCUGUUGAUGACUGUACUAGUUAUGGAAGCCUAGUGAAUAGACUGAUAACAUUUCACCUGUUUUCUGGAAAAUUUUCUUUGUGUAAAAUUAAUUUUUUGCAGUUUAAAGAAAAAUGAGCCACCUUGGAAGGAAGCCUCUGCUUACCUUGGGGGGUAUCUGCUGUUAAAUAUUUAAAAUGAAACAAUUAGUUUUAACUUCCUUGUUCUAAACAGUGAAUCUAGAAGUAGAAUGCUUAAGUUUAACUAUUUUUAAUUUGUUUUUUCAAGAAUAGUUUUGAUAUGCUGUAUUUUUGUGGCAAUCACAAAAGUUUAAUAUCCUAUUAAAUACACUGGAUCAAAUAUUUUAAGUGUGGUAACUAAUUGCAUUAUAGUUUAUUGCUCCUCGCAUUAAAACUUAAGAUUGUCAACUUGUUUGUUGUACUUUAAGGAGCUUGAAGGAAUUCAACAUUAUUUGCAAUUGUUUUGGCUAAAUAUAUUACAGGAGUUUGUAUUGCUUUUGCAAGUUACUGUACGUUAGAAUAUGCUGCUCAUCGGUGUUGAAAUGGUACAUUGCUGGAAUCGGAUUGUUCAGUUGUCUGUGAUCAUUCCUUGCAGAGUGCAUCUUAUUUCUUGGUGUUAGAUGUCGUUCCAUCUCCUUAAGUCCUGGGCUCAAGCUUCAAUCAUGUCAUCGGUAUGUGAUCUAAAAGUCCUGAUGAACGCUGCAGUGUCUGAGGGGUUUUAGGAUUGAGAAACUAAUCCAAAGCUCUUUUUGCCUUGUGCCUUGACAUUUUAUGGAUACUAUGCAAAUUAGGUGGAUUUCUCCCUGUGUCCCAGCCAACAUUUAAAACUGAUGAUCUGGUUAUUUCAUUAUUUGUUGGAACUUGCUGCAGACAACUUUGCUGCAUGUUUCAUUCAAUUGCGGUUACACUUCAAAAGUACUUGUGGAUAGAAAGCACUAACAGACAUCCUGAGAUCAUAAAAGGUGCUAAAGAAAUGCAGGUUCUUUCUGUAGUUACCCUUGCUGUGUUCUUGGACCUGCUGUACAUGCAUAACCUUUACAUUUAUGAUACUUUUAGUUAUGUGUUCAGUGGUGGUACUUGCUAAUUUAAGAAAAAUCUAAAUGUCUGGAUAUUGCAGUGUGUUUACUUGCACUUCUGUUAGGAUAGACUGAGGUUCUGGAGCAAUUUCAAUCACUUAAAAUAGAGAUGCUCAAUGCAUUCUGAAGACAGUGUUCCUUUUAUAAGAAAAAUCUCUAUCAGUUAUAUAUGAAAAAGCAUCAUGAAGGCCAUUAUUGCUUCUUCUGUGCAGUUAGACUAUGUACCAGCCUCCCAGUCAUCAGUUUUGUUAAUUUCUGGAAAGGCAAAAGAAUGAGGCUUUUGAUCAUUUCAGAAUUUUUGGUAAAUUCUAAUAAAUAGUUUUGCUAAAUAUUUUAGUUUCUCUUUGCAUUAUUUUACCUGUGCUAACAUUUCUAAUUAUGGCAAAAAAAACAAUUUUUAUGAACUCUAUUUACAAAGGAAUUUUUAAUUAAUUAUAAGAAAUUUACACACUUAUAACCAUUGUCUUACAUACCAACCGAAAGUGCCAGGGUAUUUCUGAUACAAUCUGUAGCAAUGACUUAACCACUAAUGUUUUAUAGAACAAUGUUUGGUAAUUGUCAAGUAUUUCCUCUUUUGAGUUAUUUUAAAACUGCUAUCAUUAAUGCCUUUCCCUAAAGUCUACCCUUUUGAGGUCUCUAUUUCCAAGAUCCAUUUAUCCUUCAUUAAAAUUGACCUUGACCAACAACUACUUUCUUAUCCUCCUCUUCUAUCUCCACAUGACUCCUUGCAUGGAUCCUAUUAUCUGAAAGUGUCAACUUUAUUGACAUCUUGUAUUUGUAAAUUAAAU